GAGGUUGGAGAGGGGGGUAGUUCUCCGGGCGCUCUCGCUCUCUCUCUCUCUCUCUCUCUCUCUCUCUCUGUCAUUGCUCGUGCUCUCGAAUAGGCUGUCGGGAGCUCAACAAAGCGCCGGCUGUGAGACGUCCGUGCCAAGCAGCAGCAGCGCGAGGAGGUGGUCGGUGAGAUGGUCUGACAAAAGAAAGAUGCUCGCGUUUAACGGAGCCGUUUAGUGCAUCAGUGCGGCCGCCACAUCCGUGUUGAAAGGCAGUCUGCACGUACGAUCAAAACGGGUUUAUCCCUACUACCGCAGUCGCUGCAUACGGGCGAUUCCAGUCGGUUUUCGGAGGUUAACGGGUGAGUGACGGCCAAAACAGGCCGGUGUGUCAGCGAAAACGGCAGCAGAAACAACGUCAGCGCGAGGGAGUGGGAGACGGCUCUCUGCACGGUGGGAGUGUUUACUUCACGAAUAACGGAGACAGAGACCGCAGAGUAGCGGUAGCUGCUGCCGUGAGCCGGUGACUUGUCAGCGGAGAUCUGGAGCCUGAUGCUCCGCGCGGACAGGAUGGACGAGUUUGAGACCGUGGAGGACGAGCCGUGGUACGACCAGCGAGAUCUGGAACAGGACCUGCAUCUGGCUGCUGAGCUGGGGAAGACGCUCCUGGAGAGGAACAAGGAGCUGGAGGAUGCUCUGCAGCAGAUGUACAUCAACAAUGAGGAGCAGGUGCAGGAGAUCGAGUACCUGUCCAAACAGGUGGAGAUGCUGCGUGAGAUGAACGAGCAGCACGCUAAGGUGUACGAGCAGCUGGACGUCACGGCUAGAGAGCUGGAGAUCACCAACGAGAAACUGGUGCUGGAGAGCAAGGCCUCGCAGCAGAAGAUCGACCGUCUGACGGGUACCAUGGAGACGCUGCAGUCUCAGGUGGACGCUCUGACGGGUCGUGUGGAGGAGCUCCGGUCUCUGGAGGAACUCCGGGUCAGACGCGAGAAGAAGGAACGACGCAAGACUGUCCACUCUUUCCCCUGCCUAAAGGAGCUGUGCACUGCCCCCAGGUACGAGGACGGGUUCCUGGUGGCUCCGGCGGGUAGCGUGGACCUGGUGUCGGAGCGGCGGCCGCUGGACCAGGAGAACGAGCGUCUGCGUGGCACGGUGACGUCCCUGCGGGCACUGCUGGGCGGCGAGCGCGGGCGGCGUGAGGACGCGGAGAGGGAGUGCGCCACUGUCCUGCAGGAGUUCCAGAGGCUGGAGCAGCGCCUCCUAGGGGCCGAGGGCUGUGCGCUACGCGUGCAGGAGUUAGAGGCAGAGCUUCAGGAGAUGCAGCAGUUGCGUAAGUCCCGCCUCUGCCUGCUGGGCCUAUCAGGAAGCAGCAUGGAGGAGGAGCCACUGGAACACACCCUGCUCAACUCCGCCCCCGAGACGGACACGCCCGAAGACACCAUCGCCACGGCGUGCGCGGCCAGCGGCGGCGGCCAGGGGGAGGGCUCCGACGCGUCCGGCGGAGUGGUCAGCGGUGGCGGCGGUGGCGUCCCGGUGCGUAAGAGCUGCAGCGACACGGCUCUGAACGCCAUCUCGGCGAGGGACGCGUGCGGCCGGCGCCAGGGCAGCUACGCGCUCCACGCCAACGGCGUGCGCAAGCGCGGCAUGUCCAUCCUGCGGGAGGUGGACGAGCAGUACCACGCGCUGCUGGAGAAGUACGAGGAGCUGCUGGGCAAGUGCCGGCGGCACGAGGAGAGCCUGUGCCACGCCGAGGUCCAGACCUCACGCCCCGUCUCCCGCGACCCCUCCAUGCGCGAGUGUUGCCCCGACCCCCCGCAGGUCCUGCCCCCCCGCCCCCCCAGCCCCCCCAGCCCCCCCCAGACGCCGUCCACCCCCGAGGCCCUGGAGGGCAUCAGCCGGCAGGUGGAGGCGGUGGACAAGCGCCUGGGCCAGAACACGCCCGAGUACAAGACCCUGUUCAAGGAGAUCUUCUCCCGCCUGCAGAAGACCAAGAGUGACCUCAACACCACCAGCAGCGGCAGCGGCAGCAGCAAGGGACGCAAGGCUAGCAAGUGACUGAGAUGCUAGCACUCACACACACUUCAAACACACACACACACACACACACACACACACUCUCUACAAAUACACACGUCAUGCAUAUACACACACAGCAGCAGCAAGGGAUGCAAGGCUAGCAAGUGACCGAGAUGCUAGCACACACACACACACACACACACACCUCACAAACACACCUCACAUACACACACAACUGACACACACACACACACACAACUGACAUGCAGUACAGCUGUUGUACAACACCACCAUGCAAGUGCAAGUAACACAUGUAUACACACAUACACACACACACUACAAAUACACACGUCAUGCAUAUACACACACUACAAAUACACAUAUGCACACACACACCUGACAUGCAGUACAGCUUGUAUACAACAGCACCGCCAAGGCCAGCACGGGACUCAUACACUAGCACACACACUAGCACACACACACACACACACACACACACACACACACAAAACUCC